CACGGGCCGCAUGCGGCCCGCCGGGCCUUUUUGAUUGGCCCACUUGAAGUUUCUAUGCUCCAUUCUAUUUUAAAUUUCGCGCCUAUCAGAGAACGAGUGAUUCGGAACAAAAAUUGAACGUAGCCUAUUAUUGUAGUCUAUGGUUGCGCGAGUGAACGCAGGCCGGGAAUCCCCUACGAACCUAAGUGCUUUGUUUGCCAGUCGGUCGUAACUUGUUUUGAGUUUGAGUUUUUACAUGUCUUUCACAUAUCUAAUCUCUCUUAAUAAUUGCAAGUAAUUGUUGUUAUUUAGUGCAAACUGUUGUUGCAUUUUCUACAUAAUGUCAGGAGUGUCAUCAAAGUAUAAAAGAAAAAUAACAAGUGAAAAUAGAUUGUUUCAAGAUGAGUGGGAAACAGAUUAUUUUGUUGUACCGAACAAAAACAAUGCAGCUACUUGUUUGAUAUGUCGUGACAGUAUUAUAUUGAAGAAAUACAAUAUUUCGCGUCAUUUUACCACAAAACAUAAAUCUUUCGACGAAACGUUUUCACCUGGGUCGGCUUUGAGAAAUGAGAAAUUGAUUUUUUUAAAGAAGUCCUUGUAUCAAGAACAAAAGUCAAUGACCGUGGCAAUAUCACAGGACUCAGCGGUAACCAAGGCGUCAUAUGAAAUUUGUUACAUUCUUGAACAAAAUGAAAUUGACAUACAAAAAACCGUGUGUGUAUGUACAGAUGGUUGUCCUUCGAUGACUGGAUUCGAAAAUGGAUUUAUUUCGUUAUUUAAGAAAAAAUACAAUUUGUCCAAUUUAAUAACAUUUCACUGCAUUAUACAUCAAGAAAACUUGGCGGCGCGUGCUGCAAAUCCAGAGUUAGAAGCUGUAAUGAAGACCGUUAUAAAUAUUGUCAAUUUUAUACGAGCAAGAGAAUUGAACCACAGAAGAUUUAAAAGCCUUCUACAAGAACUGGGAAGUGAGCAUAAUGACGUAAUUUUACAUACCUCGGUGCGAUGGCUUAGUAGAGGUAAAGUUUUGGAAAGGUUUUUCUCAUUACGCAAUGAAAUAAUACUGUUUUUAGACCAAAAUAAUAAAGUGUACCCUGAAUCACAAAAUGAUGGAUGGUGGUGUCUUUUAGCUUUUCUAUGCGAUAUUACGGAAAAACUGAACAAUCUCAAUCGGAACUUACAAGGUGAAGAUAACAUAGUUUCUAAUAUGGCAAAUAAAGUGUUUGCAUUUGAGGAAAAGCUAAGUAUUUAUCACACAGAAAUCCAGAACAAACAGCUGCACAAUUUUCCAACUGUUAUUAAAACUACAGAAGAUGGUAUCAACAUUUCGGAAAAAAACUGCACUAUAAUUUCAAAUUUUAUAACUGCUCUAAUAAACGAAUUUCAAAAAAGGUUCCAAGAUCUAAGAAAAAUAAAAAAAUGUUUGUUGCUUAUAGAAAAUCCAUGGCACUUAGAAACAACUACCAUCACAGAGUUGGCUUCAGUUUUAAGUUGUAAUUACGCGGAAUUGUUCGAUGAAUUUAUUGAUUUUAAAAACGACACCAAUCUAGAAGUCGUGUUUAAAGAAAAAAGGGAGAACAGAGAAUAUGUCGAGUUUUGGAGCAUUGUUCCCCAAAAAUAUAAAAACGUACAAAGAUGUGCUCAUAUCUUACUAACAUUCUUUGGGUCUACGUAUGUGUGCGAAUCUUCUUUUUCUAAAAUGAAAUAUACAAAGAAUGUAUACAGAAAUAAACUCACAGAUUCUCACCUGGAUGAUGUAAUAAGAGUAGCAUGUAGCAAGAAGCCAGAUCUUGAUAAAAUUGUGAAAAAGUGUUCACAGUAUCAAAUAUCGCAUUAAAAUAUAGUGUUUUCAAUUUUCUUCUCAUCAAUAAAGUAAAUAUAUCGUUA